UGACAGUGACGCACCUCAACGAGGAAGUGACCGGGGCGUGCAUGCAUACUGUUGACAGUCGAGCCGUUUCAUGCUGAACAUCUUCCGACUGCACUGUGCAUUUCUUUUUAUAAUAUUUCUAGAUUAAACACAGAACUACAGCCUCGUUUACACUACAUUUAUCAUUCAUAGGUUACAAUUAUUGCGAUGCAUGGAUCCUAGACGUGCCUGUGCGUUACAGUAGCAGCUCAAGCCUCACGUCUGAACUUUGUAUAUCGUCCUUUUCUAUAUUUUAUGAGCUCGUAACCUUGAGGCACGCGGUACGUUGUCCAGACAUCAACGGGAGCGUUGUAUGCUCCUAGCAACCUGUAUGUAUCCUAGAAAUACGAUCCUCAAAUGAAACGUAAGACUUGGUUGUCUUGCAAGCGGUGAGUUGUUGUUAAUGUAAGCGUACACAUGCUACAACAAUGCUAGCCAUCCUGCAAAUGAUCAAAGGACGUGCGUGAGGUAAUGAUGAGGAUAACGAUAUGCAAUGCAUAUUCCAUCAGAUAAGCGCCUGGGCGACGAUGCAGAAUAACCAAAUAAUUGCACCAUGGCGCCAUUUGACGUGUAUUGGGACCACCACAUCCCCCUUCCCAAGCUCCCUCCUCUCAAAGCCAAAAUCACAGUGGCUACGGUGGCGCUCCUUUGCUUCAUCAACAGCUAUGACGGGGAUUUUGUGUUCGAUGAUUCCGAAGCAAUUAUCAAUAACAAGGACCUCAGACCUACAACACCACUGAGCAACAUCUGGAACAAUGACUUCUGGGGAAGCAACCUGAGCAGCAACUCCAGUCACAAAUCCUAUCGACCUCUCACUGUUCUUACAUUUAGGCUCAACUACCUCCUGGCAGGCGGCCACUACCCCGUGGGCUUCCACGUGCCCAACGUGGUUCUGCACGCCGUCAUCUCGGCGCUGAUGGUGGACGUGUUCGCCGUGCUGAUCGGCGGCCUGUCCCACGCCGGGGGGAGCGGCGGCGGCGGCGGCGGCGUGCAGAACCUGGCGCCGAGGGCCUCCCUGCUGGCGGCGCUGAUGUUCGCCGCGCACCCCGUCCACACGGAGAGCGUGAGUCCCGUCGGCGCCGGCUGCGUUGUGUGCGAUCGGUUGCUGUGUGUGAACACACAAUACGCUACACACGCAUGAAUCAUGCUGGUCCCU